AUACACAUACGUCAAUUCAUACUAAUAAAAUAGAACAAUCAACGGACAUAUUAAUACGAUCGCGGGCUAUUAUUAAAACGAGGAACUUUCACUAAUAACGUGUAAAAAAAGUCGGAGCGCACACCGGAGUGCGAGUACAAAAGCUCCGGUCGGAAAGCUCCGCUCCCCGCCAGUUGUGCGGUGAACGUGGAUCGGAUCGCACGUGCCGCCCUCUGUAGCGAGUGCCGCGAACUUGUCGCGAGUGUAAGUGUAAGUGAGCGAUGGCAGCUCUGGUGUCGGCGCUGCUGCUGGCAGUGUUGCUGGCUGCCGCGGUGGCCACCCCACCGGACCCCUGCUACGAGGAGUCGCGCCCUCGGAGGUGCAUCCCCGAUUUCGUGAAUGCUGCUUUCGGUGCCCCCGUGAUCGCGUCUUCAGCGUGCGGCCGUCGCGGGCCCGAGAACCUGUGCGACCCUCCACUCGACCAGUCUCCGGAGCUGGCUUGCAGGGUGUGCGAUGCGGCUCGGCCUGACCGCCGCCACCCGUCGCUUUAUCUCACAGACCUCAACAACCCCAAUAACAUAACGUGUUGGCGCUCGGCCGCGCUCAUGCCAGCCUCGUACGACUCACCUCCCGACAAUGUGUCGCUGACCCUCUCCCUCGGGAAGAAAUAUGAGUUGACGUACAUCAGCCUACAGUUCUGUCCGAAGUCUGCCCGACCAGACUCAGUGGCGAUCUACAAGAGUGCAGAUUACGGGCUCAACUGGCAACCUUUCCAGUUCUACUCGAGUCAGUGUCGGCGGGUGUACGGCCGGCCCAACAAGGCCACGGUGACCGCCGCGAACGAGCAGGAGGCGAGGUGCUCCGACACCCACCGUCUGGCCGGCGACAGUGCAGGAGGCGCGCGACUUGCAUUUAGUACCCUAGAGGGUCGACCCAGCGCGGCCAACUUCGACCUCUCCCCUGUGCUUCAGGACUGGGUGACCGCGACAGACGUGAGAGUCGUGUUUAAUCGCUUGCACAUGGUCAACGAAGGCGACGAGAUAGAUUUGAAGAAGCAGGCGGCUCCUGGCACACAGCACUACGCGGUAUCUGAUUUCGCCGUCGGAGGUCGGUGCAAGUGCAACGGGCACGCGUCGCGCUGCAUCCCGAUGAAGGAAGGAGAGGGCUCCAGCGCUGGUGGAGUAGUGCAACUGGCCUGCGACUGCAAGCACAACACCGCCGGUCGAGAUUGCGAGAGAUGCAAGCCGUUCCACUUCGAUCGACCCUGGGGCCGCGCGACCGCCCGAGACGCCAACGAAUGUAAAGAAUGCUCGUGCAAUGGCCACGCUCGGCGGUGCCGGUUCAACAUGGAGCUUUACAAGCUGUCGGGCCGCGACAGUGGCGGCGUAUGCCUUAAAUGCCGGCAUUACACGGCCGGCAGGCAUUGCCAUUACUGCCGGGAAGGAUACUACAGGGAUCCUACCAAGCCCAUCACUCACAAGAAGGCUUGCAAACCCUGCGACUGUCACCCUGUCGGAGCCAGUGGGAAGACCUGCAAUCAGACGAGCGGUCAGUGUCCUUGCAAGGAUGGCGUGACAGGGACCACGUGCAAUAGAUGCGCCAAAGGAUACCAACAGUCCAGGAGUCAUAUUGCGCCUUGCAUACGUAUACCUCGUGUGGUGACUGCUGUACAGGCUAUGGAAGCCGAAGACAACGAGCCGGGCCGCGCGGACCAGUGCGGUCGGUGUCGCGUCGGCGCCCGCACGCUAAACCUGAACAAGUUCUGCAGCCGAGACUACGUCAUAAUGGGCAAGGUGGUAGGUCGCGAGGCGAGCGCGGCUGGCGGCGCCUGGUCCCGUCUGGCGCUCAACGUGCAGGCGGUGUACAAGCGCGCUCCCCGCAGCCGGCUGCGACGGGGCGCCGCCGCGCUCUUCGUGCGCGCCCGGGACCUCGCCUGCAAGUGUCCUAAACUAAAGAUCAACAAAUCAUACCUAAUCCUAGGAGUGGAAAAAGAAGGUCUUCAAGCUGGCUUACCGGGCUUAGUGGUGGGAGAGAGAACCCUUCUCCUUGAGUGGCGCGACGACUGGCACCGACGCAUCCGUCGUCUUCAGCGUCGCGCGAUCAACUGCCACUAGUCGCCAAAACAUGCCGAUAGAUGUCACUGUUAUAGAUUUUAUUCGUAGAGACUACCAGUCUCCAUCACAAGAUGUCGCUGUACAGGCCAGACAAAGCCGCGGGCAUUUGUUGACUCGUAUUCCGUCGUUUGUUCCGUGUGAGAAUCGAAGAGUAGUUAUUCAUUCAAAUGUUACUGCAACUCGUAAUUAUGAUAAUAUUUUUUGAACAUUAAUUAAUUAGCCUUCGAAAAUUUCGACGUUAAUAAAUCACUAAUGAAUUUUUCGAACGAUGUCUUUUUAUUAACUGACUUUGUUUCUGAAAUCGAAUUAAAGUCUUUUUUUAUCAUUGAAUAUAAUCAUAAGUUUCCUAGUCCGUAAGAAUAUACUGGCAACAUUUUCUACUGUGAACCUGCUUACAUUGUAGAAUCAUAUUCAAGUAGAAAAUAUACGAUUCCGAAAAUGAUAAAAUUAGUAAUAUGUUUCCUUUCCUAGGAUUUAUAGGAUUAAAUAAAUAACUUAUAACUUGAACUUGAUGUUAUGCAUAAAUACGUGCGUUUCUUUUCUGUUUCUCGUAAAACACUUUAAGCUAUAUUAAGAUUCGCUUGUUUUGUGUCCUAGCAACAUUCUUAUCUAUUAGAUUGAUUUAUACAAUUGACAAGUGACUGACACUGGCAACUACUACUUCUUAUUAACCAUGGACGUAUAAUAUAAAAACGAACUGUUUAAUCUUUCCUUUUUUAAAUUAAAUUUCAUCAAUACUUAUAUACAUAGAUUGUUUUAAUGAAUAAUGUUGUGAACUUCUAAGUAAUCUAUACGCUCUAGUCAAAGUGGACAUAUUGAUGACAUACAUGUUGAAACUCCUUCUCUUUCUCCUCCUAUAAAGGCUUCGACGUAAACUCGACUGUAAUUGUAAGGUGAUAAGGUAUAUUUUAUGUACGAGUAGGCCUGCACCAUUUUGCUUAUUUCUGCGACGAAGCAGUCAUGCGUUAUGUUGUGGAGGGUAGUAGAAGUGCCAUUAUAAGAUACCGUUUGAGACUACAACCUCAUGUCUCAAGGUGACGGUUACGGUAGUUACGCUAUGAUGUACAUAGCACCCAGGUGGUGUGGUACCGUCAACACAAAAAACAAUUCAGGUUUCACAUUGUGUUCCUUCUUCCCUUCUUGAUUGAUUCAUGCCACUUUGACCAUUUAACAAACAGUGAAGUCCUUGGACAAGUGUACUAAAUUCCUCUGCCAAACGUUUUGUUACUUAAGCUAGUGUAAUCUACGAAGUAAUCGCUUAAAUAUCCUAUAAUUUGUUAACUUCGACUAAACUAUAAUAAUAUGUAGGCACUACAAAAUGUACCUUGUUUGAAAGAAUAUGUUACACUUUUUAGAAUCCUAAUACGAACUGUUUAUUUUUUCUGUUUGUUUCUGUCUUUCGUAAACUAAACGUAGUCACAAUGUUUAUUGAAUGUACCUCACUCGUAAAACCUGAUAUAAGGUUUUGAUUAUUUUUAAUUGUAGUUAUAAGUUAUUGUAAUAUUAUUUAAGUUCAAAAUGUAUAAAAUGGUGUACGUGAAAUUAUUAUUUUUUGUAAAUUAUUUUAAUCUUGCCAAAGUAACUGACGGAGUGACGACAUGUACUCUCUUUUUUUUAUUUCUCAUUUGAAUCAUCGUUUUUUUUUUUUUCGAACAGAACGCGUUUUAAUGUAUGUACAGUAUUAUUAGCUUUACUAAGAAACGUUAUGAUUAAGGGAUUCUUUCACGUUUGCAAUGUACAUGUGCAUCAUUAUUUGAUGAAUAUGAUUCUCUCAAAUCUUGGUCAAUUUUAUUAGCUAGUGGUCGCUCAGUCUGUUAUCGGGAUCACAGAUGACGCAAGCAAAGGAUACUGACUUAAUAUACACUUAACAUUGUUUACAGAUAAAAUAUUAUUUUAUUUGUUGUCGUUUUAUUGCUUAGCUCAUGGACCAGCGAUUGAUGUUAAGUGAUUACUGGGGCCUAUAGACAUCAACAACAGCGUAAAUGCCACCACUUACCUUAACACUUGAAUUCAAAGUGUCAGUUCUACAGCACUACGGCUGCCCCAUUUUCCAAACCAAAACCUAUUAAUGUUUAACGGCAGAAAUAGGCAGGGUGAUGGUACCAGUGCGUACUCAAAACGCACCCUAAAAAAAUUUAUUGUUAGCUGAUGGCCUUGAGAAGUCACUUCAACGUAACCGUUGCUAACACUAGCCCUAGCAAGAGCAGUGCUUCGCAGAAUCUACCACCGGAUCAUAAACGCGACCCACUGACAAGAUCCGGCGAGAAACUCAGUGGGCUGUGUCUAUGGGUUAACUUACUCGCCGAGCCCUUCGUCGCAAGCGACGGGUUCGGUGAUAGCGAUGACCGGUCAAAAAUGUUUGUAGAUUAAUUAGCAUUUAACCAACAUCUCAGAUUUGUUUGAUAUUUCUCUUGGUUAUCUAUAGCUCAAUGAGUCACGGUAUCUAGAUGAAAGGUAAAAACUUAGGUAAAAUAUAUCGGCCUGCUGAUUUGUUUCGUCGACUCCUCUUGUUGGUAAAGAUAGCCGUUGGUAGACAUUUAAUAUAAAAUAAAUCAUCUGAAUUUUACGAACCGAAGCAUUCCAUAAACAACAAAUUACCGUCAACAUUUUUAUGAAUCUACAAAUCUCUGAAUAUUUUCGUUUUUAGUCAAUAACAAAAGCUUUGAAUUUAAAUAGAACAAAAAAAAAUGCAAAUAAGAAAAAAAUAUGUAAACCCGAAAUGAAUCGAUCGUAUAAAAAAGUGAUCAACAACCAUAAAAGAUGUAUCGCUUUCAUUGUAAUCGUCCACAAUUGAGCUGUCAAAGUUAUUUAUGUAGAACGCGGACGAUACAUCCGACACUGGAUCUAGUUAGAUGUAAUUAAAGAAAGGCUCACAGCUAUUAUUGGACGAGCACAUUGGAUUUGAUUUCUGAACGUUUUAUGUUAUUCUAAGUAUUCAUCAUGGAGUUAAUAUGUACCUACAACUGGAGUGCUGUCUAAUGCCGAGAAAUCGGUCUCGAAAGAGAAUACUUUUUGGUCGCGGUGUCCUUGUCUAAUGUGGUGACCAUAUAUAAUUUAAUUAUAGGACAAAAUUAUACACAUGCAUCAGUUUUGAAUUUACCUUAAGUAAUUCUGUGUAACCCUAUGUAAAUACAAAACACGUGCUUGCAACCUUUUAUUUAUGUAAAUUCAAUUCUAAACAUUGCUUCGUCGUCAUGGUGAUUUUUUUCGACGGUUUUUUUUGGAAAUUGCUGCGUUGUCGAAAAUCUAGCACUGAGUUUUAUUAUAAACAUCAUUACCUCAGUUCUAUUACUUAAACUUCCACAAACUCAUGUUUAACGUCCGAAUACUCAACCGCGACUUAAAUAAUAUAUUAUGUUGAACUUAAUUACGCAAUUCCUACUUUAAUGUACUGGCUAAGUGGGCCGUGCAAAUUAAUAUUUGACACACUGAGUGAGACACUGAACAGACAUGGUCUGCGCAUAUCGGGUGCUCUUUUCCUACAUUCACAUCUUUAAUUGAUUUAAAAUUGCUUGUAUUUUUACUUCUGUGCUAUUUUCAUGACACGUGUAUAUUAGGUCUACUAGUUACAUUUUAGGAAAUAAAACACAAUGGGUAAUAAAAUGAAAUGAACUGAAAUUCAUUUAUUUGUUAUAUGUAGACAAUUAAAUAACUCUUAAAUGACAAGUCAAUACACAUAACACGAUACACAUAGUACUUGAUCUCUAUUUACAAAAUAUUGGUUAUACAUAUUAUUAUUAUUAAGUUCAGUUAAUUUUCUGUAGUCUUAUAAUAUAACAUUUCCUCUAUUUUAAGUAAAUUCUUUUUUUUUCAACGAAAUACAUAAUUUAUUUUAAUCAAUAUCUAAGUGGACCAUCAGUAUCAUUAAAAUUUCGCAAUUUAAAUUUCAAUUCAAUUAAAAAUCGCCAUUUUUCUCUAAUAAAUCUAAAAUCGACUUUAUAUUUACAAUCACUAUUUCGCGACUUUUAAGUUUUUGUUUCAAUACCUUAACAUCUUGUCGUAAUUUUGCUUUUCUCGGGGUAUUUUUUAUUUCUUGCGUUUGAGUACUUGAUUCUUCUUGUUUGACCUUUAUAUAGGACAUUUUCCAGAAAUUCCAACGUCAUAUUUACUAGAAGAUCCUCCUCGUUCGCUUAACGUCAGGCAAAUGAUAUACAUGCUUGCGUGCGACGCUAUUCAAUACAAUAAAAAAAGUUCAAAAAAUACCACGUGAUGGCUCUUAUAAUAUGAAAAAUACAUUGCAAAAUUAUAGUUUUCACGAUUGUUUUUUCAAAUUUAGUAUAUGACAUAGAUUAAGUACAAUUUACAAGACAAAUGGUAUUAAAUAUUAUAAUGAGACAAAAUAUCUCACAUUUUAAAAAUAUAUGCUCACACUAGUAAAAAUUUAUCAAUGAAUCUGACAUAUGGAAGGAUAUUCCACAAACUGGAGAGGAUUCUCGCUUAAAACCACUUACAUUAAAAGUGUUCACCA